AUGGCUUCAUCAACAUCAUCCGGGUCUAGGCUUGUUUUUCCAAUUGAUCCCAAGAAGAAACCAGGGGAGCAGAAGCUUCCGCUCCACAACCGAUGGCACCCGGAUAUACCACCUGUGGCUGAGGUUAAGACCGGUGAAGUUUUCAGGGUAGAGAUGAUGGAUUUUAGCGGAGGAGGCAUCACCAAAUAUUACACAGCAGAAGAUAUCAAGCAUGCUGACUCUUCUCUCGUACACUACCUAAGUGGCCCCAUCAGAGUAACUGAUGCGGAUGGUAUUCCCGCCAAGCCAGGUGAUCUUCUGGCAGUUGAAAUAUGCAACUUGGGUCCUCUGCCUGGAGAGGAAUGGGGCUUCACUGCCAUAUUUGACAGAGAAAAUGGUGGCGGUUUCCUCACUGACCAUUUCCCGCGGGCGACUAAAGCUAUUUGGUACUUCGAAGGAAUCUACGCCUACUCUCCUCAUAUUCCAGGAGUACGGUUUCCAGGUUUGACACACCCUGGUAUAAUUGGAACAGCCCCCUCAAUGGAACUACUGAAUAUAUGGAAUGAAAGAGAAAGAACUCUUGAAGAAACAGGUCUUAAAUCUCUAAAAUUAUGUGAGGUUUUGCAUUCCCGGCCAUUAGCAAACUUACCGUCUGCAAAAAGCUGCGUUCUUGGCAAGAUUGAGAAAGGAACUCCGGAAUGGGAAAAGAUAGCAAGGGAAGCUGCAAGGACUAUUCCGGGAAGAGAAAACGGUGGAAACUGUGACAUCAAGAACCUCAGUAGGGGUUCAAAAAUUUAUCUUCCAGUCUUUGUCGAAGGAGCAAACCUAAGUACUGGAGAUAUGCAUUUUUCUCAGGGUGAUGGAGAAGUAGCAUUCUGUGGAGCAAUUGAGAUGAGUGGAUUUCUAGAGCUCAAAUGCGAAAUCAUGAGAGAUGGAAUGAAGGAAUACCUCACUCCCAUGGGGCCAACUCCUUUGCAUGUUAACCCAAUAUUUGAGAUUGGGCCUGUUGAACCAAGAUUCUCUGAAUGGUUAGUGUUUGAGGGCAUCAGCGUGGAUGAAAGCGGUCGGCAACACUUCCUUGAUGCCAGCAUUGCUUAUAAGCGUGCAGUGCUCAAUGCAAUUGACUACAUCUCCAAAUUCGGUUACACUAAGGAACAAGUAUACCUUUUACUCUCUUGCUGCCCUUGCGAAGGUAGAAUAUCAGGCAUAGUAGAUGCUCCCAAUGCUGUGGCCACUCUUGCAGUUCCAACAGCGAUUUUUGACCAGGAUAUCCGUCCCAAGUCCAACAAGGUGCCCACCGGACCUAGGGUGGUGAGGAAUCCAACCAUUCCCCAAUGUACUUAUGACGGAAACUUGCCGAUCACAAAGAAUCCCAGUGCUGCAACUUAA